GAGCGGGGCUUGGUCCCUUUUUGUGAUCCUCCAUAAAAGUGCAGCUAUUAAAAUGCACUGGUCCAGAACCGCUCUGGGGAGAGAUCGCUUGGCUUUCCCAGGCCAGAGGCCGCUUCUCUUCAUAUCCAGUGGGGACUUUUUUUGAAGGUAAAUGCCUUUUCUCUGGGAGAGGGAAAGGGGCUGCCUUUGAAGCAGUGGGGGGGUGGGAGAGAGAGAGAGACAACCCCCCCCCCUUUUCCUCUAGCCUCCGUUCCAGGCCUUUUGCUUCACACAUCCAGGGAAAGCAAGAAGAAAGCCCCCAGGCCAGCCGGGAGGGGGCUGGGGGUGGGCCGACCUGUUCUGGAGGGGAAUUAGCACAAUGCUGCGCCGGCCGGGCGUUUAUGGCCUGGCUGAGGCCCCAUUCAGGACUCAGGGAAGGUGGCAAAGCUGUCCUUUCCCCCUUGAAGUGCCCCCUUGCCCCCCUUGGAGGGGGGGCCAGCAGGCCGGACCACAGCCAUGCUUGAGGGGCCGUCUGACAAGCAGCUGUCUGCGGCGGUGGAAGGGGAGGUGCCCCCGCAGCGGGGACAUGAAAGGGACAGGCCAGGUCCCGCGGGGAGAGCGACUUGUGGGCUGUGGGCUGUGGGGGGGCGUGGGGCUGCUUUUGUGCAGGGCUUGAAGGGGGACAAGGAGAGGAGGGGGCUUCGGGGGGCUCCUGACCUGGAAGAGACAGCCAGAAGGAGGCUGCCCGCCAAGAGGGGCGGAGGGCCUGAACCUGGGCCAGGAGGCUCGGGGCUGGGGACAGGCCGCACUCCAUCCUGGUCCUGGGUCCUGGGCCAGCCAGGCCCCACCCCUCCCCCUGCAGGGAGGCAUGUCCCCCACCCCAAAUGCUGGCCUCAGGGUUGGGGUUUUCCCAGGGCAGGGUGUAGGGGGGGCAGACCCCGCUCUCAUAGGCUGGGCCUGGUGACACUCCUGGCUGGUGGGCGAGCUGGCGUUGGAAAGGAAGAGUGACAUGUGUGAAGGGUUAACACUGUCGCCAAGAGCUGCUCCUUCACCUCCCCCUUCCCGAAGCUGCCGCUUCCCACCCCUCCCUCGGGGAGACAGAGACCCCCCCACAGAUGCUGGUCUGGGUCUAGCGCUGUCCAGAUGGUUUCGAUGGGGCCUGGGAUAAAGGUGGACUUAGGGAUUUGGGGCAGGGCGAGGCUCUCCCAGCACAGGCCAACAGGAUCCAGGUGGAGAGAGAAACAUCUCAGUGCUGGAGCUGAGGCUGUCACCAGCAGCUGGGAAAUGUCAUCCCACUUUGCACCUUGCUGGAGAGAGGGGGCAGGAAGUGGUCUGCUUCUCUCCCACUCAGCGAUGCAGGUGGGUAGGGCAAGAUGAGGCCUGGAGAAGGUGCCUGGCUUUGUACGGUGCACGGGGUAGAAACAGCCCCUCUCCCCUCCCGGGGAAGCACCGGGCACUAGCAUCUCUGCUACACUGUGGCACUGUGGCACAAGCAGGUGGCUUCACAGGAGAGCCACUGGGCCGCUGCUCAUGGCACCUCUGCUAAGGAGGUGCCUCACCCCUAGAAAAGGGAGGAACACCACAGGGAAGCUGGCUUCUUGGAGGGCCCUGAGCACCCAGGGGGAGGGGCAGGGGAGGUGGGCGUGAGCUCAGGAGUCCUUGCUUAGCGUUAGAAGGAGAUGCUUACAGGGGCUUAGCAAGAGCCUAAAGAGAAGUGUCUGAGAGCCCCCAGAACGGUCUCCAGGGACUCGAACAGUCCAGCUGCUGUGUGUGCACGAGUGUGCAUGCACAUGUGUAUGUGCACACAUGCUGGGUGCAGAGGAUGGGGAAGACAUCUGGUCACCCUGGUUAAUGGAGCCAAGGCCCUGGAGUUUUGGACAGGGGACAAGCUCCCAUCCUAGCAGCAGGACAGGGGUCUGUCACUAAUUAGCUGUAGGGGCCUGUGCACCUCCUCCGUAGACCAUGGGGGAUGGGCUACCAGCACCCUGAAGGUUCUUUCCAGCUCCCAGAGUCAUGAUCCCUGGCCUGAGCCAUAUCACCAAGUGGCUCCCGAGCCUGGGCAGCUACUAGCCCUCUGCUCCAGGGCAGAUGAGGAUCCAAGAAUUCAUGAUGACUGGCUCAGCCAGUGGCCUGGGAAGGUCACGGCCAGACGCCCCCUGCCCCCUGCACCUCUACUUCACAGGGCAAAUGACCUGCCCGACCACACUCGCUUCCGCACCCCUCCCCUGGAUGGACCUGCAGUGGUGUCACCCAAAGCAAAUUGACACUAUUUUUCCCUUGGUAACCGCAAAGGGGGAGAAUCACCCGUCUCCUAAUUUUAACCAGUACGUGAGGGACCAGGGCGCCAUGACCGACCAGCUGAGCCGACGGCAGAUCCGCGAGUACCAGCUCUACAGCAGGACCAGCGGCAAGCACGUGCAGGUCACCGGGCGUCGCAUCUCCGCCACCGCAGAGGACGGCAACAAGUUUGCCAAGCUCAUAGUGGAGACGGACACGUUUGGAAGCCGGGUGCGCAUCAAGGGGGCCGAGAGCGAGAAAUACAUCUGCAUGAACAAGAGGGGCAAGCUCAUCGGCAAGCCCAGUGGGAAGAGCAAAGACUGCGUGUUCACAGAGAUCGUCCUGGAGAACAACUACACGGCCUUCCAGAAUGCCCGGCACGAGGGCUGGUUCAUGGCGUUCACGCGUCAGGGCCGGCCCCGCCAGGCCUCCCGUAGCCGCCAGAACCAGCGAGAGGCUCACUUCAUCAAGCGCCUCUACCAGGGCCAGCUGCCCUUCCCCAACCACGCGGAGAGGCAGAAGCAGUUCGAGUUUGUGGGCUCAGCCCCCACCCGCCGGACCAAGCGCACUCGGAGGCCUCAGCCCCUGACGUAGUCAGGGACCCCGGGGGCAGUCGCCCCUCACUGGCCUUCCCACUCCCUUCCCUUCCUAAUCCAAAGACUGGGCUGGGGUGGAGGCAGGGGAGCCAGAGCCCCCAAGGAGGAUGCUGAGGACCACGGAGCAUCAGAGCCCCCACCCCCGGGCUGGAAAGGGGCAGGGGGGGCCAUUAAUCAGGAUGGUGCUCAGGGCCCCACCCUGGAGUGGCCCCCCUGGGAUGGGGCAGGCCCCCUGGAGGGGACCCAGGCUUCCGGAAACAGGUGGGAAAGUCAGCGGAUUCAAGGCUCUGCAGACAGGGUCUGGAGGUAGCUCUCCUUCACUUCUGCUCCCCAAGUCUCCCUCAGUCUGCCCCCAGCCUCCAAAUUCCUCCUGGCCAGACCACGGGAAGGGACUUUUGUUUGGGUUUCAGGAAAAAAGAAAGAGGGAGAAAAAGAGGGCUGGCCAUUCCUCACAUUCCACUAGGCCUGCACCCCCACCCCCAACUCC